AUGUAUCGAUCACGGUUAACUAAAGACGAGUUGAAACUCGAGGCAGAAAGACAUCUCAAGUAUAGGGGUAUCGCAUGCGUCAGGUUGGAGAAUCUCCAUUUUCCAUUGGAAGAGUCAAGGGAGCUCAAUCAGGAGAAUGUUGAAAGGCUGAAGGAGUUGUUUCAAAAAGAUAUAACUCGUCGGCUAGAUCCUAAAAAUCGGAUCGCCGCUGAGAUUAAUGAAAUCGACCUUAACGAGGCGAUCCGAACCUCCAACACCUCUGCUGAAUUAUUGAUGAAUAUCCAUGAUGAGAAUCCCCCAUUUCUAAUAUUUCCUUCAAAUUAUCAAUUGACCUGUCUUCAUGGACGUCAUCGCAUCCUAGCUGCCCGAGAGAUUCUGCCGCCGGCGAAUGCCUGGUGGACGGUUGAUCUAUAUCUUACAGGUAUAAAACCUUUUUGCUCAAAAGAGGUUCGAAGGACCCUAAUUGAAGAAUAUUCGAACGAGAAAAAACCAUCGGAUGGAGAGAUAUAUCGUAAAGUCCGGCAAUAUGAGCGAGAGGGUAAUAUCCUCUUCAAGAAGCGGUGGAUAGCUCGUCUAUCUGAUCAUGGCCGCCGAAGUCUUCGACAACUCUUCGAUCAUGAAGAUGGAGAGCUCACAGCGGCUUUCGACAAGCUUCUAGAUAUUCCCGGGCUCUGGAGCGGUAUGAGAAUUAGUACACUUCACAAGCUGCUAGAUAUGAAAUGUUAUGAAGAAGCUCUACACUAUCUCGAACACAUUAGACAAUUUUGGCAUAGCCUUUUCCGUGGGGAUAAGAACGCUCUCCGGAGGGUGAAUAACGUCGAUGUAAAAUCCUUAGAGCUCAAAGCUCCAAAGUACUCCAAACAGGACGCUCAAAUCUUACAAGUUCAACUACUUAGUGGACAGAUCUUCAGUGCGUUCAGUCAACAAGAGCGUGAAGCUAUCUGGAGUGAGCUACAAUCUAUUGAAUAUCUCAUCCCUUCACUCUUUACUUUCUUCGAAGAUUUAAAGUAUCUCAAUGCUUGUGCCGGAAGUCUAAAGCGGCUGGUAAAACUAUCGCGCAGAGACACGGUAUUUUCCGCUUUCCAGCGAAAAUUUCGUCUUACGAACGAGUCAAAUGAUCAGUACGCUAUUGAGAUUGCCGAAUCUACCUUUAUUGAUAAAUCAAUACCAGCUAUACAUUGUUUUGAUGUAGGAUAUCGGCAGUUGUGGGCUUUUGCAAUGCGGAACUACAAAGAGAUACCGCCUGAUACCAAGAAGAAGAAGAAAGAUCUCCUUGCAAAAUCUGGAGUGGAGAAAGCGGACGAAAUGAUUCUAUUUGAAUUUGCUGCUCUCGCCGACCGUUUAGGUUUUUCAUCACCCGAAAUUCAAACCUUGAGGCGAAAUUCAUCGGAUAGAGAGAUCGCUUUGUAUGCCUUACUAAAGGCGCGAAAGCCCGAUCGGUAUCAAUACGACGACAUUACCUUGGAAUCCAACGUGACACAAAUUGUGAAAUUAUUUUCAACAGCUUCCGUAAUCUCUCACCAUAAUACAUCCCCAGCUCUCAUUUCUGAUAAUAUUGAUUCAUCGGGAAAUCGUUGCGGGUUCCCGCACCAGGAUGCUCAUCGACAAGAUAGGAAAGCACUUUUCCUACCUUACUUAAACGAUGAGAACUUUGAAAAGGGGAAGUAUAUUACAUCAUUCUUUAUACGUCGGUCCGUAUAUUAUGCUUUUUUCGGGAAACCUAUAGAUCUAGAAAUACUUGAAAGCUCCAACUCCCCACAGACAUUUUCUCACAAUACCCAAUAUACGGAAAUUUCAGGGCUAGAAACAGGCGAUAUUGAUAUUUCUGGAUUGCAGAUGCCGGUUAGCGAAUUUGAGAGGGUUGAAUUACAAAGACAAGAAAGGGAGAGAUUGAAUGAGGAGAGAUUGAAUGAGGAGAGAUUGAAUGAGGAGAGAUUGAAUGAGGAGAGAUUGAAUGAGGAGAGAUUGAAUGAGGAGAGAUUGAAUGAGGAGAGAUUGAAUGAGGAGAGAUUGAAUGAGGAGAGAUUGAAUGAGGAGGAGAAGAGAUUAAAAGAAGAGAAGAGAUUGAGGAAGGAGGAGAGAUUGAAAAAAAAAGAGAGAUUGAAAAGGGAAAAGAGAUUGAAAGAGGAGGAAAGAUUGAAGGAGGAGGAAAGAUUGAAGGAGGAGGAAAGAUUGAAGGAGGAGGAAAGAUUGAAGGAGGAGGAGAGAUUGAAGAAGGAGGAGGAAAGAUUGAAAGAGGAGGAGAGAUUGAAGGAGGAGGAGAGAUUGAAGAGGGAGGAGAAAAGAUUGAAGGAGGAGAGAUUGAAGAAGGAGGAGGAAAGAUUGAAGGAGGAGGAGAGAUUGAAGAAGGAGGAGGAAAGAUUGAAGAAGGAGGAGGAGAAAUUGAAAGAGGAGGAGAGAUUGAAGAAGGAGGAGAAAAGAUUGAAGGAGGAGGAGAAAAGAUUGAAGGAGGAGGAGAGAUUGAAGAAGGAGGAGAGAUUGAAGAAGGAGGAGGAGAGAUUGAAGAAGGAGGAGAAAAGAUUGAAGGAGGAGGAGAAAAGAUUGAAGGAGGAGGAGAGAUUGAAGAAGGAGGAGAGAUUGAAGAAGGAGGAGGAAAGAUUGAAGAAGGAGGAGGAAAGAUUGAAAGAGGAGGAGAGAUUGAAGGAGGAGGAGAGAUUGAAGAAGGAGGAGGAAAGAUUGAAGGAGGAGAAGAGAUUGAAGGAGGAAAGAUUGAAAGAGGAGAGAUUGAAGAAGGAGGAGGAAAGAUUGAAGAAGGAGGAGGAAAGAUUGAAGAAGGAGGAGGAAAGAUUGAAGAAGGAGGAGGAAAGAUUGAAAGAGGAGGAAAGAUUGAAAGAUUUAGAGUUAACCAGAAAACGUCAUACGCGAAUUGAUAUGGAGAGUCUUGUCCCUGAUAGGAUUACGGGAGACGAAAGUGGACUUCUAAUAGCUGAUCAAGCAAAAGAACGCCCAGAAACACAAACAGAUAAUCACGGUAUAAGACAGGAAACGCCUACAUUGGAUAUACAAUCAAGACGGGAACUAUCAAUAGGAAGUUCCGCUCGAGAACAGCCACAUUUAGUCCACAUCACAUUUACGAUUUGGGAUGGAAAAAAGUGGGAACCCUCAUUUUAUAUUGAUAUAGAUCCUUCUAAUCCCUCCGAUUCAUUGAAAGUUAGACGAAUGGCAAUAAAACAUAUGAGGAAGGGUAUGAGGCUUUUUGAUUACAGAGCAGAUAUAUUAACCCCAUACAACUGUCUCGCGGCAACGAUCGCUAACGGAGGCAACACAAUUUUUAUCAUCCGGGAGGAAGAGAUUAACAUCAAUAAAGAGUUAGAGGAUGCCAUGUUCAAUCUAAACUCAGAUGAGGAUACUACUUUAAACUCAUAUGAGGAUACUCUAAACUCAGAUGAGGAUAAUAUAAUACAGGUUCGAAAACGGGGACGUCAUGAAUGA